AAGACAUAUGACGAUUGUUUUGUUUACAUUAUAUGCUUACUUCCUAAUAUAAAGUUCCCGCAUAACAUGUGAAGAAAGCAAAAGUUCAGAAAUAUUUGAUGUCAGAAGUAUUGCUGAAAAUCACGUAGUUUUUCUGUUGAAUUAAAGGAACUAUUAUGGAUAAAUUCAUUAAGCUGAACAGUCAGACUGCAGGCCGGGAUAAAUUAUUGCGGCUUUUCCAAUACAGCAGUAAAUUGAUAUGGGGCUCAUUACAAAAUAAGAAAAGCAAUGCAGAAUUGAUUAAGCUACUGAAAGAACUGGAAUAUACGUUAAGUACAGGAAGAAAAUUAUUCAGGUUUGGAAAAGGUUUUGAAACUUUCUACACUGCUUUGGCAUCUCUGCACAUAAGUGAUCCAACUCUUCAAUUCACCAUCACACUGUCAAGAAUCAACAUGGGAUUGUACUUACUUACAGAUCAUUUUAUAUGGUUAGAAAGAGUUGGUUUACUGAAAAUAGAUAAAACAAAAUGGUCUAAACUGAGUUACAGGCUGUGGUUAUAUGCUCUGGUUAUGAAUUUAUCAAGAGACCUUUAUGAUUUAAAGCAAAUCUUUCAUCAACUUAGUUUUGGUACCUUGAAUCAAGAAUUGCAAGGCAAAAUUAUACAUCCACCAAAUACAAUUUCUACUAAAUUGAAUUUGUAUUUCAGAGUAUUAGCUCUCCAUAAAGAUAUUGUUCUUGAUACAAUAAAGAAUGGCUGUGAUAUUUGUUUGCCACUUUCACAGUUGGGCUAUCUCUCGAUUUCACCAAGGACCAUAGGCCUGCUUGGAACUGUAUCUUCUAUUGCUGGGAUUAUACCAUUAAUAGAUUCUUCUUAUAAGUUAUCACCAUAAUCAAAUAUAUUGUAUUAAAUUAAUUUUUCAUAAACAAAUAAGAAUUAUGAAAUUACAUGUUAUCUUUCCUACUGUUAUCAAUAUUAGCAAGUAUUGAUAACCAAAGAUUAUAAUACUGCAUAAGAACAUUUUUAACUAAGAAUACAAAAAUGAUAUAUUUGAAGUUUAUAUAAAAAAUAUUUUAACUUUCUUGUUGACUUAGACUUAUAUUAUGUAUCAAAUCGUAAAUGUAUGUUUUGCUUAUAGAGGUUUUAAAAUUUGUUAUUAUAAUUUCUAAAAACUUGCAUUUACUGUAAAAAUAUAAUCACAAUAUUCUAGUAAUUUAAUAUUAUAUAAGAGGCAUAAUUUUACUAAAUGCAUAUUGUUAAAUUUUGAAUCAUAUAUGUUUAAGUUUGAAUCAGUUUUGUCAAGAGAACUGAACUUUGUUAUUCUCCCUUUCUAUGCUGUACAAUAUUUUAAAUAAUUUUUGAGUAUUAGAAAUUAAAAAAAUAUUUACUUUAAAAAUUGAUGAUUCAGAUGAAAGGAAUACUUGGAUUUUGUAAAAUAUAUACUUACAUAUUAUUUGCUGUAUAUAUAUGUGAGAUUUUGAUAAGGAUUUCUUUGUUAAUUUUGGUAAGUGAAUUAUAGGGACCUUUUAAAAGAAUGUCUUAACUUGACAAUUUUUCAUCUCUUCACUCUGAGUGUAGGAUCUUGUCGAUGUCAGCAAUUUUACAGAGCUUCUGUUGCAUUAAUCAAAUAAAAAAGGUGGAAUUGGAUCAGGGAAUAAUGGAACAUUUUAGAAUGAUGUCAAUAUGGGCUGAAUUAAGAUUAAAAAAAAUUAGGAAAUUAAUUAGGAUUAAAUUAAAUUUUAAAAUAUCAUUAUAUAUAUGUGUGUGUGUAAUGAUAUAAUUAAAAUUAUAUAUAUAUAUAUAUAUAUAUAUAUAUAUAUUCAAGAAUUUAGAUAUUAUCAGGAAAUAAAGAACUACAAUGUUAUAAAAAAUAAACAUAAAAUAAGUGAAAAAGAGAUUUAUCAGAAAUGCAUUUAAAAUGCAAGGAAUUGUUAAAAGAUCAUUUUCCCCUGUGGUAUCAUUUUUGGUCUGUUUAUUUUUCAAGCUGUCCAAAAUUAUUCAUACAGACUUCAUAUAAGGAAUUUAGUGCCAUUUAAAUUCAACUUCAGUAUUUCUAAUGAAGUUUUGAAAAUAAUAUUUAUAAUAAUGAAGAACCAUUUUCAAUUUUUAUAUUACAACUAUGAUCUGAUUAUAUAAAAAUUUCUUUCUGUGCUUAUAUGAUCUUAUAAAUGUAAAGUUGAUAUACUGCAUGAGAUAGAAGCUGAUGAUAUUAUUUAAAAGAAUAAUUAUAGAAAAUUAAAUAAUUUAGAUUUAUAUAAAAUUUUGAUCAUAAUUAAGAAACAACAAUAACAAGCAAAAAGUUACUGUGAUUUAGAAUUUUUUGUGAAUGCACAAACUUAGUAUUUUCUCUCAAUUUAGUAUUGUUUCUUAUUUUAAGAUUCUUUUUACAUUAAAGGGAAUUUCUAAAAGAUGAUGGAGAAGUGUUUAAAUUUAUAAACUUCAACUUUAAUAAUUAUUCAGUAUUUCUAUAAAUAUUAAACAUUAUUCUAAUAUAAUAUAUAUGUUGUAUGACUUGCAUCAAAAAGUUUUAUAUUACUUAGAUAAUCAAGCUAAAAUGGGGGGGAAAAAGGUCAAAUGAAUGCAAUGCAAUGGAAUAAAUAAAUUUUUUAUGCCAUCAGAAUGGAUAUUUUAACAUAUUUGGUUUUAAUAUUUUGAUUGCCAUGAAAUCUCAAAAACAGUAUGACCAAUUUUUAAUUUAAAUUGGAAUCAGUUUUUGAAAGUUUACUGGUCAGAAUGUUAAAAACAACUAAUGACUCCUUAAAAAGAAAAUCUUCAUUUUUUUUGUGUGUGUUCAAUUCUUAAUAGUCAGUAUAUGUAAAGUAUUUCUGACUGAAUUGCAAUGGAAUUGAGUUUGAUAUGAAGUUUCAAUGCUACUUAAUUAUCAGAUUAAGAUUAGAUUUUAUUUUCAAGUUGGUAUAUUUUUAAUGUAUUUUUACGGAUAUUUUUUCCUUAACUAAAAUCGUUGAUUUAUUUUAUUAAUACAGGAAGGAUAAUGUAAUAAAAGGAGUUACUUUUAAAAUUUUACAAUUUUGCAUAUGUAUUAGUUAAUUACUUUGGCAUUGUUUUUCAAAAAAAAAUCUUA